GACAGUGCUAGCAAAAGGGUAUCAAGUGAAUCACAUUACAUACAUAAUCUCAUGGCUUCUCUUAAGUUUAACACCCAUCCAAAUAAACAUAGAUGCCUCAUGCUUAAGAGAAAGAUUGCGAAGAAAAUCACGAGAGCAAGAUUCAGAAGGUUGAAAAAAGAGAUGGCAGAGAUAAGCAUAGAGCAAGAAUUCAUAAAGGAAGGGCAAAGACGAGUUGGAGCAAAAAUUGAAGAAAUAAAUGAAGAAUGUGAGCAACUAAGGGGAGAAGCGCAGCAAAUGAUCCAACAGAGCGUUAACACUCAAAUCCGCUUGGCGCUUAUGCUCAACAUCCUCAAGGCACGAGAAGAAGGCUACUUUGCCAAGACUUCUCAGUUAACUCAAUUGCUUCGUGAAAGAAUGGCGCCGGAAUAAUCUGAAGCAUGAAGCUGCAUUAUUCAUUAAUCAAGUGAACGAGGAAGACCUACUGCUCUCUUUUGUUA